AAAACAUCUCGCGCCAAAAUGUGUGCAGCGCAGACGAAUGCUCCGGCCAGCUUUAAUUACGCGUGGGGCUUUCAGGAGAACCAGCGGGCCGACUCGGUGGUGGAGAUUAGCCAAAACAUCAACUACACUGUCGGCGAUGGAACAUCAACGGUCAAGUUCUCGGCCGGUGGCGGUAAAACCGUGUAUGUCGGUGGUGGAUGUCUACCGGACGGGGCUAGCAUUUUGCUGAAGGACGGCAAGGGUGCGAUCUCGCACGCCGGCGGUAAAAGCGUCCGACGUAUGAUCCUCGUAAACGAUUCAUCCACCCUGCCACAAGGAACACAACGGAUAAUUGCUACCAGCGGUACAGCAUCAGCCGUCUCUGCGGGCCAUGCGAAGAAACAUGAAGUUAUACCAAAUGGGCAGAUUGACUCAAAGACGAAGACCAUCCUCACGACGAGUGGUGCCGGUGCAUUCAUGUCCCCGAUCGGACCGAUUCAGCUGACGGCGGAGGAAUGCAACGAUAUACUGAUGAAGAGGGCGGCCGCCGCAGUUGCUGCCAACAAUCAGCACGCCAUCACCAACAACAACGAUGGCCAGCAUACCUCGAUUUCAGUCCAAGUGCAAAAGGUGAUUCAAGGGCUGGAGGAGGGUGAUGAUUCACAGGCCACCACCUCGAACCACCAGAUGAAGAUCGAACCGACACUAAGCAUUUCUCCUAAGCUGGAAGCACAGGAAGCGACUACACCGACACCGAAUGUGGUCCCGAAGGAGCGUCCGUACUCCUGCGACCAGUGUGGCAAAUCUUUCCUACUGAAGCACCAUCUAACGACCCAUGCACGGGUUCACACUGGUGAGCGUCCUCACGUGUGUGUCCACUGCGGCAAAGACUUUGCCCACAAGCACUGUCUCAACACACAUCUUUUGUUGCACUCGACCGAACGUCCGUACCAGUGUCAGGAGUGCAAGAAGAGUUUUACCCUGAAGCAUCACCUGUUGACACACUCAAGGGUACACUCGCGCGAACGACCCUUCGUCUGCGACCAGUGUGGUCGAUCGUUCCCGCUGAAGCGCCAUCUGGUGACGCACAGCAAGUUCCACGCCGGCGAACGUCCGUACGUGUGUGCGGACUGUGGUGAAAGUUUUGCCCAGGACGAACAUCUGGUAAUGCACUCAAGAUUCCACGGUUCGGUUAACCCGUUCCAUUGUCGCGACUGUGGUGCAACCUUCCCGCGCAAGUUCCAGCUGGUAAAUCAUGGCAAGAUACACGGACGCGUACCACAUUCGUGCACGCUUUGCGGCAAAGAGUUCUUACAGAAGCGUACUCUUGCUGCACACAUGAGAAUCCAUACCGGCGAUCAGCCAUUCCCGUGCAUUGCAUGCGGCGAAGGGUUCCGCACCAAAUCGGAGCUGAAUGCACACAACCGUCACACGCACAGUGGUGUUAAUCCGAACUCGUCCAACACCACCAUCAUUACGACCAACUCCGUUGUCACGUCGAACGCGCAACAGCAACAGGCCCAGGCACAAAGUCAACAGCAGCAGCAGCAACAGCAUCAGCAGCAGCACAUCGAUGUGCAGGAUGUUGCAAACGGAAACAUCAUCACGACGAUCGCUGCCACCGGCCAAGGAUCGCCUGAAACAUCGCCAAAGCCUCAGUACGCUUGCCGUGAGUGUGGCAGUGCGUUCAAUAGUCGGGAAGCGUUGGCACUCCAUCUCCGUCUGCAUACCGGUGACAAGAGUCUCAUGACCGAUCUGUGUGCGCUAACGGCAGCGAUACCGGGUCAUCUGUUCCCGGCCGUCAAUCUGAACGGUGACACGAUCAUGGCGACAAAUCCCGUAAUACAGAACUCUUCCUUUCCAGUACAAAUAAUCACUUCCUCGGGGCAGGUUCAACAUCAAACACAAACCGUCGUACAGCAGCAACAACAGACCCAACAGCAACAGAUUCAGCACCAGCAACAGCAGCAGCAGCAGCAACAACAGCAGCAGCAGCAGCAGCAACAACAACACCAGCAACAGCAACAGACAGUUGUCGUGGCACAGACCAAACCCAAAUCACACUACUGCACCCAUUGUGGCAAAGGAUUUGCGGCCAAGCACGGUCUGCUGUUGCACAAUCGUCGCCACCCGAACGGUGGUUGCACCGUUCGAACGCACGUCUGCGAGUGCGGUAAGGCUUUCUUCCAAAAGAACCAUCUGAUGCUGCAUCAGCGUCAGCAUCUGGAACAGAACCAACCAUCCUCCGGUCAACAGCAACUGGUGGUGGUAAGUUCUGCCCACGCGAGACACAUUCAGGCAACCAACCAGGAAUCGUUGGUACAGCAACAGCAACAACAGCAACAGGCGGCUGCUGCCGCAGCACAGCAACAGCAACAGGCGGCCGCUGCGGCGGCCCAGCAACAGCAUCAGCUGCAACAGCAGCAAGCUCAACAGCAGGCGGUGGCAGUUCAGCAGCAACAACAGCAAGCUCAACAGCAGAACCAGAACAAUCAGCAUGCGAUGCGCAAUCUGGUUAUUGCGAACCAGCCCGUGCAGGUACAGGUCUUGGAGGGUAACACAACUCAAGUAAUCAAGUACGAGAUCAUCCACGAUACGUCACGCCAGUCAAACGUUGAUGGUGGCCCUGCUACUAGUGCCGCUGCUGUCGCUACCGCUAAUGCCGGUGUUGUCGUUGCCGCACCCCAUUCCUCUUCCAACGUUUCCUCCAGUGCCGCUGCGCCCGUCGCCGUACCGUCGUCGACAGCCAGUGGCGAGAUGGGGAAAUCUCAUCAACACCAUCAUCACCAUCUGGUGGAGGGAACGGUAGAAGGCAGCGGUGGAGGAACAGGAGCAAGAGGACGGGCAGCAUCCCAGCAGUAUCUUAAUAUGUCCGACACGACGCAUCCACAUCUGGAGGGUACGAUCGUUAUUAUCAUCAUCAUCAGUUUUGGACCCUUUGGACCCGCAGGGUGA